AUGGACGGCCCACCGUCCGUGAGCGACGACAGCCGUGUCGAGAUCGAGGAGAAAGCCCUAAAGGUGUGCAAGGCACCGAGACCGGAUGAAAUUCUUAACCUCGCAAUCAGGCUGGAGAUAAAAAUGGCCCGCCGGGAUGUGUCGGGCAGUCAGGCUGUACAAGCUUCUGGAGUCGACUACGCUGGUCCUGUAGGAAUCAUCGGACGAAGAACACGGGGUGCAGUAUCCUCUAGAGUUUACAUCGCUUUGUUCGUUUGUUUGGGGACACGCGCAGUGCAUUUGGAGGCUGUCUCGGAUCUAAGUGUAUUAUCAUUUACACGUUUCACUAGUCGAUACGGAGUGCCCAGUAAGAUGUACUCGGACAAUGCCACGAACCUUAGAGCAGGAGCGAGACUUCUUAGAAAGCUGUACCAUCAAAUAGAUGCAACCGAACACAGUAAUGAAGUGAACGAUUUUUUGGUCAACAAGCGAGUGCAAUGGCUUUUUAUACCCGCUCGUUCGCCUCAUCAUGGUGGCCUAUGGGAGGCUGGAAUCAAGGUGGCAAAAGGAUUUCUCAGCAAAAUUGGAGGUAAUUAUACUUACACCUUUGAGGAAUUGAGUACUCUUCUGUCUCAGAUAGCGGCCUGCAUGAACUCUCGUCCGAUCUGUGCUAUUUCCGAUGAUCCCACGGAUCCUCAACCGCUUACGCCUGCGCAUUUUCUAAUCGGGCGCCCGCUAGAUGCUUUACCCGAAGUUAAUCAUCUUGAACAGCAGAUAAGAUCACUAUCCAGAUGGAACUACGUUCAACGUGUCGCCCAGGACUUUCGAGCUCGGUGGAAGUCCGAGUACGUGCUCUCUCUUCAACGCCUGACGAAGUGGCAAACAUCGUCCCCUAACAUCGCAGAAGGAGAUUUUGUGCUUCUUGUUGAAGAUAACGAAAAAUCGCAGCAAUGGCCAUUGGGUCGUGUUCUGGAGCUUUUCCCUGGGACCGAUGGCCGUGUCCGAGUUGUCUCGGUCAAAACUGGCAAGGGUGUUUUCCGCAGAGACGUCAGGAAGCUGCGACGUUUUCCUCUUGAUAACGACGAAUAUGUGCCAGGAAGAAAUGGGUCUGAAAUUACUGCCCGUAGUUUGGUGGGCGGUUUAUGUUAG